UUUAUUGCAUAUUCACAACACAAGGAAAAAAAGUGACUGUUGAAAUUUGUUGUGAAUCAGAUAUGGCUGUCAACACUAAGAUUAUUCUUCUCAUCUUCGUAUGUGCGUAUGUCAACAGCGCUCCGUUGACCAUGAAGCAACUAGAUCAAAUUCUUGAGGACAUUUCAGCGUCUGCAAGAAAAGACGCCCAACGCUUGCAGAGUGGAGACGCCCAACGCUUGCAGAGUGGAGACGCCCAACGCUUGCAGAGUGGAGACGCCCAACGCUUGCAGAGUGGAGACGCCCAACGCUUGCAGAGUGGAGACGCCCAACGCUUGCAGAGUGGAGACGCCCAACGCUUGCAGAGUGGAGACGCCCAACGCUUGCAGAGUGGAGACGCCCAACGCUUGCAGAGUGGAGACGCCCAACGCUUGCAGAGUGGAGACGCCCAACGCUUGCAGAGUGGAGACGCCCAACGCUUGCAGAGUGGAGACGCCCAACGCUUGCAGAGUGGAGACGCCCAACGCUUGCAGAGUGGAGACGCCCAACGCUUGCAGAGUGGAGACGCCCAACGCUUGCAGAGUGGAGACGCCCAACGCUUGCAGAGUGGAGACGCCCAACGCUUGCAGGGUGGAGACGCCCAACGCUUGCAGGGUGGAGACGCCCAACGCUUGACGAGUGGGGACGCCCAACGCUUGACGAGUGGGGACGCCCAACGCUUGACGAGUGGGGACGCCCAACGCUUGACGAGUGGGGACGCCCAACGCUUGACGAGUGGGGACGCCCAACGCUUGACGAGUGGGGACGCCCAACGCUUGACGAGUGGGGACGCCCAACGCUUGACGAGUGGGGACGCCCAACGCUUGACGAGUGGGGACGCCCAAUGCUUGACGAGUGGGGACGCCCAACGCUUGACGAGUGGGGACGCCCAACGCUUGCAGAGUGGAGACGCCCAACGCUUGCAGAGUGGAGACGCCCAACGCUUGCAGAGUGGAGACGCCCAACGCUUGCAGAGUGGAGACGCCCAACGCUUGCAGAGUGGAGACGCCCAACGCUUGCAGAGUGGAGACGCCCAACGCUUGCAGGGUGGAGACGCCCAACGCUUGCAGGGUGGAGACGCCCAACGCUUGACGAGUGGGGACGCCCAACGCUUGACGAGUGGGGACGCCCAACGCUUGACGAGUGGGGACGCCCAACGCUUGACGAGUGGGGACGCCCAACGCUUGACGAGUGGGGACGCCCAACGCUUGACGAGUGGGGACGCCCAACGCUUGACGAGUGGGGACGCCCAACGCUUGACGAGUGGGGACGCCCAACGCUUGACGAGUGGGGACGCCCAACGCUUGACGAGUGGGGACGCCCAACGCUUGACGAGUGGGGACGCCCAACGCUUGACGAGUGGGGACGCCCAACGCUUGACGAGUGGGGACGCCCAACGCUUGACGAGUGGGGACGCCCAACGCUUGACGAGUGGGGACGCCCAACGCUUGACGAGUGGAGACGCCCAACGCUUGACGAGUGGAGACGCCAAAAGUUCUAUUUGCAACAAACUGAAAGUCUUAUAUAAUGGAAAGCAAAUUUUCUCUUCUUGUCUGCAUAAAUUCUGUCGCUUUACGUUGAGUUUUUAACGUCUUUUGACCAUGCUACCUAAUAUCUUGAUCUUGUAAGGUAAUUUUUUUUUAAUCACGC